GUGGGCGGGGAGAAGCAGUGCGGUGUUGGCGGUGGCGCGGCCGGCGCAUCAGCAGCGUGCCAGGACAAGCUUUGGGCAUGGAUGCCUAGGCCCCUGUGACGGUAGUUUCAUGCAUGAUGUGACCGUCUUUCCGUCUUCUUCGCGGCGCCAUGUUCAGACGGUCUAUUGACGCCAAAGCUCACCAUACAGCGUCCUGUAAGUCUUACACGCGGUAGCGGUGCGAGGGCGUCGAAAAGAGGGUUUCUUCACACGCCGCCUCUCUUGCUCGUCCUUCACCCUCGUCGACGGCAAAGAACGUCGGCGCGUGGGCUCUUGAGUAGGCGUUGGGGGCAGGCGUUCGUUCAAUCACCGGCCCUGGCGCGGUGGGUGGCAGGGAAGCCGCCUGAAAGGGAAGACCGGGAGAAAAUAAAGGGAAUACAGGCGUGGGGGGGGGGGGGGGGGGGGGAACGGGGGAGAAGGCGCAGGCAGGCUCGUCAGCGCAUCUUCUCCGCGGCACGACACUGCGCUGUGUCACCAUGGAGGCCGAGAGCGGGUAGGGAAAGACUGGUGCGUGCGUCGUGCUUGCUUUUCGGAAUGGGUAGCAGGGGUAGUCAUCGCAGAGAAAGACUGAAGUGUAUAGUUGAGCCGCGGUAGUUCUGCAACGUGGAUGUGCCGUCCUACGAUCUUUCUUGCUCCUUUUGCGGCGACGUCUAUCGUUGCGUGGCGGGCUAAUGGGGCCAGCGAGGUGGUAGCUGGGGUGAUUGGGGUAAGGGAAGAGUCGCAGAGUGGACGAACCUCGGCAGCUAUCUGUAGGUGUUUCUGAAACUUCGGCGCGGAGUCGGCGACUUUCGGUUCGGCUGGGGUCGGCUUGUUUCGGUUCGGAAGUCGCCGACGGGGAAGAGGCGAAGGGCAGGAGGCGAAGGGGUAGCUGCAGCUGGUUGUGCCGUCUUCUUCUUCGGCUAUCCCUGGGGCGCGGUGGAGUAUCCAAGGAGAAGGGAAGCCGGGAAGGGCAAGGCGGAACCCAGGCGUGAUGCUAGUGUGACGGGGAGGACCGCGCCGCGCGGCGCCGCGCGGGCCGUAGUGGAGCCGCUGCUCUACUGUGCCGCGCUAUAAUUCCAAGCCUUCGGAUUGGUUACCCCUGGCCGUACGCCCCCCCUUUUUCGUCUGCAGCCAUGUCCUCUCUCAGUCGAGAGUUGGUUUUCCUCAUACUCCAGUUUCUGGACGAGGAGAAGUUCAAGGAAACCGUCCACAAAUUGGAGCAAGAGUCCGGUUUCUACUUUAACAUGAAGUACUUUGAAGACCAAGUAUUGGCAGGAGAAUGGGAAGAAGUGGAACGUUAUCUUCAUGGGUUUACCAACGUUCACGAGAACCGCUACUCUAUGAAGAUUUUCUUCGAGAUACGGAAGCAGAAGUAUCUUGAAGCUUUGGACAAGCAAGAUCGAGCAAAGGCCGUUGAUAUUCUCGUUAAGGAUCUCAAGGUGUUUGCUCAGUUCAACGAGGAUCUGUACAAGGAGAUCACUCAACUCUUGACUUUGGACAAUUUCAGGGAAAAUGAGCAGCUUUCAAAGUAUGGGGAUACGAAGUCUGCAAGAAAUAUCAUGCUUAUGGAGCUCAAGAAGCUGAUUGAGGCAAAUCCAUUAUUUCGAGACAAAUUGACCUUUCCUUCUCUCAAGCCAUCUCGCUUGCGCACGUUGAUCAACCAGAGCCUGAAUUGGCAGCACCAACUCUGCAAGAAUCCAAGGCAGAACCCAGACAUAAAGACACUGUUCGUUGACCAUUGCUGUGGUCCCCCUCCAAAUGGAGCACGAGCAGGCCCUCCAACCCCAAACGCGUUGAUGUCAACUGGUGGUCAAAAGCAGGCGUCCUUCCCAAUGUCAGCCCAUGGCCCAUUCCAACCUGCAGCAUCUGCCAGCACCAUCGUGGGAUGGAUGACCAAUACUCCGGCGCAUUCAGCAGUAGGGCCUCCUCCGGCUCUUGCUGCGCCUCCCAAUCCUGCAUUGGUGAACCGAAGACCGAUGACUCCUCCCAGCAGCACGACAACUAUGGACUACCAGACGGCAGAGUCGGAUCAUGCUAGAAAGAGAUCGAGAUCUGGAAGCCAAGAAGAUGCCAUGGUCGCAAGUGCAAGCCAUCAGAGUUCAUCAUACACAGUCGAUGAUCUUCCCAAAAAGGUUGUGAGGGCACUGCCACAGGGUUCUGCAGUUAUGAGCAUGGACUUCCACCCUCAAAUGCACACACUUCUGCUAGUUGGGACUCAGACUGGUGAUGUGGCAGUCUGGGACGUGGGACAUAAUGAAAAAAUGUCUGAGAGACGUUUCAAGAUCUGGGAUAUACAAUCAUGCUCAAUCUCGCAGAGUGCCCUUGUAGCACAGGAUCACAAGAUUCAGGUGACGAGGGUGGCAUGGAGUUCUGAUGCUGUGUAUUCAGGAGCCGCUUUUUCACAGCACUUGGUCCAUAUCUACAAGUGUGGAGCAGAACUUGUUCACCAUUUGGAGAUUGAUGCUCAUGUCGGAGGUGUCAAUGACCUUGCAUUUGCUCACCAAAACAAGCAACUGUGUGUUAUCACUUGCGGAGAUGACAAGACUAUUAAGGUUUGGGAUGCUGAAACGGGCCAACGGAAGUUCAUAUUUGAAGGCCAUGAGGCACCUGUGUAUUCCAUUUGCCCUCACCACAAAGAGAACAUACAGUUCAUUUUUUCAACAGCCAUAGAUGGUAAAAUCAAGGCAUGGCUAUAUGAUAACCUUGGCCCAAGAGUCAACUAUGAUGCACCUGGUAAAUGGUGCACUACAAUGGCAUACAGUGCCGACGGUACAAGGUUGUUCUCAUGCGGCACAAGCAAAGAUGGAGAGUCGUCACUUGUGGAGUGGAAUGAAAGUGAUGGUGUCAUAAAAAGGAAUUACUCUGGAUUCCGGAAACGGUGCCUUGGGGUGGUUCAGUUCGACACCAUCCGGAACCGUUUUUUGGCUGCUGGAGAUGAUUUCCAUAUCAAGUUCUGGGAUAUGGAUUCUCCAAAUAUUGUUCUGACUUUGCCGGCAGAUGGUGGUCUCGUGUCCAGCCCUCGGAUCAGAUUCAAUAAGCCGGGGUCGCUGCUCGCCGUCACGGCGCAGGAGAACACAAUCAAGAUUUUGGCCAAUGCGGAGGGCGCACGGAUGCUGUGUGGCAUGGCUAAUGCAGAUGGUGCACGGGGCCCUCCUGAUCCUGUUGUAUCCAAGACUUCUGGCGAUAACGGAAGAGGAGCAAGUGAACCUCGGGUUGUCGAUGACAAGACCAAAAGUUGGAAAAUUGUGGAGAUUCCAGAUCAUAUGGGCUGUAGGUCAGCCCGUCUUCCAGACAACUUAGCCGCUAGCAAGGUCUCGAGGUUGAUUUACACAAACACUGGUGGAGCUUUGUUAGCAUUGGCGUCAAAUGCAGUGCACAAGCUAUGGAAGUGGCCACGGAAUGAUCGCAAUCCAACAGGCAGGGCUACAGCAGGGGUGGCCCCACAGCUUUGGCAGCCAGCCAGUGGCAUAGUUAUGACAAACAACGUAUCAGAUAUGAACCCAGAAGAGCCUGUUCCUUGCAUUGCUUUGUCAAAGAACGACUCUUAUGUGAUGUCAGCAUCUGGUGGCAAGGUCUCACUGUUCAACAUGCUCACGUUUAAGGAGAUGACGACGUUCAUGCAACCGCCACCUGCAGCAACGUUUCUCGCAUUUCAUCCUCAGGACAACAACAUCAUCGCAAUUGGAAUGGACGAUUCAUCGAUUCAAAUCUACAAUGUACGGCUUGAUGAGGUGAAGAGCAAGCUGAAGGGUCAUCAGAAGCGAAUCACUGGCCUGGCAUUCUCAAAUGCAGCUCUGAAUGUGCUGGUCUCUUCUGGAGCAGACGCGCAGCUUUGUGUGUGGAGCCUGGAUGGAUGGGAGCGAAGGAAAAGCAAGUACUUGAUAAAUCCGCCACCUCGUGGACUGACUGACACAAGGGUUCAGUUCAACAAUGAUCAGUACAGGUUACUCGUCUCACAUGAGAUGCUCGUGUCAGUAUGGGACGUGCAGAAACUGGAAAAACUCAAGCAGUGGGCACCCGGGAGCAUACCCUCAAUGACGGCCCCCAUCUCUGCAGCGACGUACUCCUGUGACAGUCAACUUGUGUAUGUUGGCUUCUGUGAUGGUUCGAUUGCCGUUUUUGAUGCGGAAAGCUUGAGACCACGCUGCAGGUUAUCGCCAGCAGUGCACACACCGACUAUGGUUGGAAGUGCGGUGUUUCCAUUGGUUAUUGCUGCACAUCCUCUGGAGCCGAACCAGUUUGCUCUUGGCCUUAGUGAUGGUGGAGUGCAGGUAAUAGAGCCACUGGAAUCGGAAGGGAAGUGGGGAACCGCAUCACUGCAGGAGAACGGAGCUCCCUCUGCAGCAGGAACGCCCGGUGGUAAUUCGGCUGCAAGCCAAGGCGCUGACCAGACGACAAGAUGAUUGUGCAAGUGGAGAAUGCGUUCCAGGCAGUUGUCUAUACGUCUUUGUUGUCUUUGAAUUCCUACUAUUUCCAGACCAUGCCACCCCUGGCCACAACCCAGUUAGCUCUUUCGCCCUGUUUACCUUGCCCUUGCCCUCCCCUAACCCCCCCCCCCCCCCCCCCCCCCCCCCCCCCCCCUUCUCCCCCAAAUCCCGACCAAAUCUCUUUCCCGCUCAUGCUCAUUCCUCUCGUCUGCUUCCCUGAAGAAGUAUGGGGAUCCUUAUUUAGCUUGUGACAAUCAUUUUCCUGCAGUAAUAUGGUUGUUCAAGUUUCGAGGCAGCCGGGUCACUAGGCGUGGGGGCGUGCUCAAGCUUAGGGGCAGUCGAUAGACUUCACUGUGUAAUGUCUAUUGAGGCCCAAGACCAGGUGUGGUCGGUGCAUGUACCUAUUUGUUCCCUUGCAAGAAGUAGCGGUGGUCUCUUGCCUUCUUGGGACGAGAGAGGAGGAGCAUCUAGCAAGCCACGGGCUUGCUGCAGAUGUGUGAGUGGGAAGACGAGAAAUCUGGGCUCCUGUGAGACGAGCAGUCUGCAUUUAUUUUGAGAGGUACAGGGGCUCUUCAUGGAGGAUAGAACGGGGGAUGUAAGGACUGAAGGGGGUUUGUGUAGAAUUAUGUAGACUCCUUUCAAGCAUAGGUGUGUUUGCUGAGUGAUGGAGGAACAGAGGAUUGUCACCGAGUAUGGGAGGAUAUGGCAAUUGUCGAGCAUUCUUUUCGGCAAUGUUUUCAGACGGUCCACAUGAGAGAGGACCAUUUCAAGGUGGGCUUUGCUGAAAGAGAUGGAUUGCAAAGCGGCUCUGGAAGUGACGGAUGCAAACUCGGCAUUGAUUGAUGAUCUUGUUUUUGUACAAAGAUGUCAGUUUUGGAACUUUCCAUAGUGUAAGGCAGCCAUUUUAGGAUGUGCUCUUAUUAGCAGCUUCUCUGUUCAUUCACAUUUUGUGCGCUCGAUUGCAUCUCUUGAGAUGUGUUCUGGCCAUGCCAAUAUGCAUGCACGAGAGAAGGUAAGAGGCUGAAGGGGCGGGUCGCGGGAAGGACCGAUGGAGGGGGAGGAGCGGGGACGUGGGACGGAAGGAGAAACGGGAAGAUGGGCAGACAGACUGCAGAGGUUAGGGAGUGCGAUGGGGAUGGCCUAGCCAAGGAAGGUAAGCGGGUGUUUGGGAUGCAGCAGCGAUGCAGGUCACCCAUAGAAGGGUGAGGACCCCAGUUCUAGUUCCAUGUUUUACGACGUGACGAGUUUUCAAAAUGAAGGGACCUAAGGCUGCUAAGCACUCUGCUGCAGGGGACAGAUGAAACAUUCAACUUGUGAAUGUGGAGGGGGGGUCGUAGGGGCGCAGGACAAUGGGGAUAUCAAAGCGCACGUAUUUGGUGAAGGGGGCAGGCCACACAGACCAUCAUGUACGGAUGCUGAUGGGAUUGCUAGGGGUUUUGCGGGUGAGUGGCGGAGUUCCCCUUUAUACCAGCAUAUGAUCCGAUCUGUUUCCAAAUCGGUAAACCUGGCAUGGUAGGCAUUUUGCACUAUACCCAGGAAACUGAUAUUUGGACGCUGAUGUUUGGACAAAGGUGUCAGUGUGUCACUGCAGCGGGAACUGACAUGCUUGUAGGCAGAGAGUGCGCUCUGGACUGGAAAGCCUGGAUGUCCGUUGUAGGUUGAGGAAGUGGAGUGGUCAUCAAAUGCUUAUCGUUGUAAAUGCGAGGUUUUCAGGUUUGUGAUGUGGAGUACAGGUGGUGAGGGCCUUGGUCGGGGUCGGUGUAUUAGCGCACCCAUUCAAUUUGUCUCAUCCGCGCCGUCGUGGAGGCUGUGGAAGUGGAGUUGGGGAUGGGGGGUGGGUGUGUCGACUGGCCCAUUUCGCUGAAGGCUUGUUAUUUGUGCCUUAGAUUAGAUUCUUUCCUGAUAUGUCCAUCUGGUAGCAGUGACGUUGUCCUCUUUUGCAUGGCUUCAAAUGAGGAGAGAGAAUGGAAAAGCUUGUUUUCCUUCCUUGUGAGGAGGCGAUGCUAGUCUCUCCUUCCCGCUUAUGCUGAUCAGAAAUAGUCUGAGUCAUUGUCAAGCAAAAGGCAAUAUUAAAGGAUUUAUAGACAACCCCUCCCCCUUCUCUUCCUUCCAGAACCAACCACCCCCCGCACUGGCCCCUGAUGGCCCUCCUUCAGGGUUCAGGCGUGGCCAGCUCCUCCUCCUGCUCCUCCCUAGCGAGGUGUGUCAUUACUGACAGCAGCCCAAUUUGACAUCGCAGAGCAAAAUUCGAAUCCAUUGCAACUCUCAACUUUGCAUCGGACCUUGGUUUUGCUGGAUUCCGGGUGGUUUUAGGACUAGUGGUUUCCUUUUUGAAAUUCAGUCCCUCUCUGUGGGGUUGUGCUCCUGUAUUUGGAUGGGCCUCUCUUUGUGGCACUGUACGAAUAGAUUUUGUGUAAAUGAAGGUGGUGUUAUGCAACAGGUCUCCUUCCUAUUCAUGGUUUCUUUUCUGGAAAGUGUGCUUUUCGGGGUUGAGGAAUUUCUCAUGCGAAGGAUCGAACGUGUGCUGCGCAUGGGGGCCAGUGUGUGAUGUGGACCAAUGGCAAAAUGAAUGAAUGAGCGUGUUAACG